AUGUUUCCGCAUCGCGGCAGUGCAGCACCAACCGUCCCGCCAUUCCUCUCCGCACCCCCGUCCCACUCCCAAGCCCCUACCAUGUCCCUCGAGCCUCUCUCUCUCGCCUCCCUCCUCUCCCUCCCCGUCGAAGCGGUCUCCGCGAAGCUUCGCUCCACGCCGCCCGCGCAUUUGGAGCAGCUGCGCGUCUCGCUAUGGGACAUCCUCGGCACGCCCGACCGCAAGCCGGAGUUCCUCUCCCUGCAGCGCCUGCUUAUAACGCGUACGGGCGCCGGCGCGGGUCUCACCACAGAGUCCCUUUCCCGCGCGCACUACACGCAUCUUAAGAUCCUCGUCGCGGUUCGGACCGGCAUCCAGGCGUUUCUACACCCCGAUAUCGCCAUCCCGCCGACGUCUUUAAUCGAAAUCUUCCUCCGCCGCCGCUGUCAGAACAUGGCCUGCCAGAGCCCGCUUCCCGCGGGCGGCUGCCGCUGUCGUUUCUGCACGACGGGCAACGGCGAACCGGGGGGAUCCGGCCGGGCGGGAGCAGAAGGGGGAGCGACAAAUACCUCCGGGAUUUCCGGCACCACGAGCGCCAACACCACGGGUGCUAUUACCAGGGGUAACUCAGGGGCAGGCACUAGCGCUGGUAUUGCUUCUAGCACGGAAAUUGGCGGGGGAUUUUGCAAUUUGUGCAUGUGUGUCGCAUGCGGGAAAUUCGAUUUUGACACCAACACGUGUCGUUGGAUAGGAUGCGAUUUUUGUCUGCACUGGUGCCACACGGACUGCGCGCUCCACAUGGGGUUCGUGCGCCAUGGCGCAGUGGGGGCGGGGGGAAGCGCGGGCGGCGCGGGGGGAAGAGGCGGAGGGCAGGGGGCUGCGGAGGGGUCCGCGCAGGGCGGGCAAUCCGCGGACGGGGCGAGCGCGGGGACGAGCGCGCAAUUCGCGUGCCCCGCGUGCGCGCGGUCGUCGGAGCUGUUUGGGUUCGUGCGCGACGUGUUCCGCCUGUGCUCCGCGCAGUGGGACGCGGAGGCCGCGCGCAGGGAGCUGGAGUGCGUGGGGGGGAUCUUCGGCGCGAGCACGGACGCGCUCGGGCGCGAGCUUGCGCGGAGGGCGGCGCUGGCGCUGAGGGAGCUGCGGGAGGGGCGCAGGGCGUGCGCGGAUAUCUGUCGCGACAUGCAGCUGUUUUUCGCCAGCAGCGCCUCGUUCGUCCCUGCUCCUCCCAAUCCUGCCACCCCCGCCGCUUCAGCUGCUUCUGCUCCUCACCCUCCCCCAGCAAUGGCGGCUCCCUCUCCUGCUCUUCCCGUCGCCGCUUCUGCUCCCAUUGCUGCCCCUCCUGCUCCUGCUCCUCCUCCUCCUCCUCCUCCUCCUCCUCCUGCUGCUUCUGCUGCCGCUUCUCCCAUCCCUUCUAUGGGCCCAGGUGUCUCCGCCACAGGCUCGGCCAGACCUGCUCCGGGGCUUCCCAGUCCAGGUUCGGGCCAUACCAGACUCAGCUCCGGCCCCACCGCGCCCACAUCAGCGCUUUCCAAACCCCCGUCGUUGCCUCGGUACCAAUCCAGCCUGGAAGCAGCGCGAGAGGCUCUGGCGGAAUGCCAUAGGGACGUGCUAGGGAAGCGGAAAGAGGCAGCAGCGGUUGAGGAGGAGCGAGCGCGGAAGAAAUGGCAGGUUCAGGAGCUAGAAGCGGUUGCUGCGUCGCGAUUUGCCGACGCGGAACGAAUGGAGAGAGAAGCGGCGGAGGCGAGGAAAGAGGUCGAGGUGCUGAAGAUGAUUAUAUCGGUGAAAAAAACGACUUCGGAGGAGGAAUUUCGGCGGAGAGGGGUGGAUUUGGCUUUGGAGGAGGCAGAAGCUAAGUAUAGGAAGAUGCUGGGGGUGGUGCAGGCGUUGGAAAGGGAAGACGGGCAGGGGGGGAGUGAGAGGGGGAAGGAAAGGGAUAGGGAGAGGGAGAGGGAGGGGGAAAGGGAGCGGGAGAGGGGAAGAGAGAGGGGAAGAGAGAUGGGAGCACAGGCAACACAAGGAGCACAAGCAGUGCAAGCAGUACCGGCGUUGCAAGCAACACGAGCAGCACCGGCGUUACAUGCAGGGCCGGUAAGGCAGCGAGCGGAUGAGCAAGGAACGGCUGAGAGGGCCACAGAGAGGGUAACAGAGAGGGCACCAACUGCCCAGCAAGUCGCAGCACAGCAGGUGGCUGAGGAGGUUCAGACUGCCAGGCAGCUAGCCCGACAGCAAGUCGCACUAGAGCAGCAGAAGCAGCAGCAGAGGCAACUGCAGCAGCAGCAGCAGCAGCAGCAACGGCAGUAUCAGCACGGGCAGCAGCAGCAGCAGCAGAAGCAGCAGCAGCAGCAGCAACAGCAGCAGUAUAGGGGGGAGGACGGGAAGAGCAGUGGGGGGAGGAGGUUGGGCGUGGAGUUAGGGGGCGAAGACGGCAGGGGGGGCGACGAGGGAGAGGGAGAGGGAAGGAAGGAGAAGGUUCCUUGGUGGAAGUCAGAGGCGGGCUCUGCCUCCCCAGGGAGGCGUGAUGAAGAGGGCGUGUCAAGGGAUGGGUUUCUUGCGGUUGAGAGGGAUAAGGAGAGGCAGGAUGAAAAGGUCAAGGAUAUGGGUGAGCGGAAGGAGAAGCGUGGGCACAAGGAUGGUAUGAAAGGUCAUGAUGAGGGUCACAAGACUUCUGCUGCUUUGCAAGAGGGGCGACAGGUGCAAGAGGGGGAAAAGGAGCGACAGGGGCAAGAGAUGCGAGAGGGGGAAAAGAGGGGACAGGGACGAGAGGAGCAAAGAGGGAAAGAGGGACGAGAAUGGGGUCUGACAGAUAGUGAGGUGCGGAGACUGGCAGAUGAAAAGAAGGCAGGUAAAGAGAAGGCAGAUGAAGAGAAGGCAUCUGGGGAAGGUACAGCUGGGGAAGGUACAGGUGGGGAAGGUACAGGUGGGGAAGGUACAGGUGGGAAAGGAGGUGUUGCUGAGAAGGAAGGUGCUUCUUCCGACAGCGAUGUGGAAGAGGUGGAAGUGGAGAGUGGUGCAGAGCGGUUGAUCGGUGCUAUGGAAUCUGGGGUUGCAGAGGGUAAGGAGGUAGGUGCGUUGGUGGUGGACGCCGCGCCGCGUGCGGCGGAGAUUAAGGAGCCGAAGGACCGUCGGGCAUUCAACCGUUCAACCGCCCGCCAGCCGACCAUCGCACAUGGGCUACGCUUGUGUGCCGCCGCGUUCACAACACGUGGCCGCAGGGCUGAGGCAGAGCUCUACGCGUCCCUCCCUCCGCCUGACCGCGUGCGCAUUUUGAAAGCCCUCUGCGAAAUUCGGCUGGACCAAGAGGACACGCGGGCGGUGGUGGAAGCGGCCAUGAAGAGGAAUCCCGAGGAGAUUCGCAUGGAGCCAUUUGGGGCAGACGCCAACGACCAUGUGUUCUGGUUUUGCAACGACUCUGUGUUGGGUCAUCGCCUGUUCAAAGAGGGCCCUCCUGUUUUCAUCACACAGGAAGAGGCUGACGCUGCUGCCGCCGCCGCUGCUUCUGAAGCUGAAGCUGCUGCUGCUGCCGCCGCCGCCGCCGCCGCCGCCGCUGCUGCUGCUGAUGCUGAAGCGGCUGCUGCUGCUCUUGCUGCUAACGCGGAUGUUCCUGCUCUUGCUGCUGAUGCCACUGCUGCUGUUUCUUCCGCAGAGAAUACGGCAGUGGUGGUGGAAGGCGCAAAGGCAGAGGUUGCAUUAGAUGCUGCCAGAAGUGUUGCUAAAGCUGAAGCUGCUACUGAAUCUGCUGAGCCGCCUGCUCCUAGCUCUGAUGAUCAAACAGCUACUCCUGUUCCUGCAGAGACCCGGGCAGUGGUGGUGGAAGGAGCAAAGGCGGAGGCUGGUAAAACUGACGCCACAAAUGUUGCGAAAGCCGAAGCUGAAGUAGAAGCAGAAGCAGAAGCAGAAGCAGAAGCAGAAGUUGCUGAGCCUACUCGACCUGACAGAAGCGCCGAUGAUGACACAGAUGCUACUGCUCUCAUGCCUCCUGCGUCGAGAGGCGAGGAAGCAGAGGCAGCAGGUGCAGCAGAGGCAGCAGGGACAGCAGGUGCAGAAAAGGCAGCAGGGACAGCAGAUGCUAUCGGUGAGUUGACGGCUGUAGAUGGGGUGAAAGCAGAGCAGGAGGAGGGGGGACUGACGGUGGGAGGAGGAGAGGAAAGUGGGGUGGGAGGAAAGGAGGGAGGGGUGAAAGCAGAAGAAGGGGAAGGUAAAGGGAGAGACGAAGAGAGUAAGGUGCUUGCGAAGAGAGGGGUUGUUGGGAAGGAGACUGAGAGGGUUUACAGGAGGAGAGGAGGCAGAGAAGCGGUUAGAAUGGGUUCUGAGGGCAACGAGAGGGAAAAUGGGAAGGGAGAAGAUGAGGGUGAUAAAGGUGGUGUUGGUGAGGGAGACGACGAGAUUGGAAAAAAGGAGGAGGAGAGGAAAGAGCAGGAGGAUGUGCAGGAAGAGGAGGAGAAGGAGAAGGAGGAGAAGGAGGAGGAGGAAGAGGAGAAGGACGCUGCAGUGAUUGACUUAACUGACGCAGAUCCAUGCAUCCCUGCUCAAGACGACUCGGCUAAACCUGCGCAAGACACCUCAGUCACCGCCGCUGCUCGAAAAGACGCAGCUGUUGCUGCAAAGGCAGACUCGGUUCCCCCUGCUAAGGCAGAUUCGAGCGCCCCUCCCACUCGCCAUGGCAUGAGCACACGAACCAGGUCCGGCAGUCUCCGCCCUCCUCCCGCCUCCAAACCUGCUCCCAAGCCUGCUGCCAAACCUGCUGCCAAGGGCACCACUAAGGGUAGCAGCAAGAAGGUGAGAGGAGCCGAUGCUGCUGCUGCUGCUGCUGCUGCUGCUGCUGCUGCUGCUGGAGGGGAGGGGAGGAGGAAGGCGAGGAAAAAGGCCCGGCCGGUGUUCCUGCCUCCUGUGUGUGGCGAGUUUGCCACUGCUGCCGUGUGUCUCUCAGACUUCACAGCUCUAGCGGACGAUCUCAGUGCCAGUGUGCAUAAUGCGGAUCAGCUUAUAGCGGAUCGCCUGGCAGAGGAGGCAAUUCCUAAAGUGGAGCUCGAGGAGAAGCGCAAGGAGCGGCAUGCGAAGCGGCAGCAGAGGCAGGCGGCGCAGCUGGCGGCACAGCUAGCAGCAGCGAUGGCAGCAGCAGGGCAGUACGCAGGGGGGUACGGGGAGGGACUGGCCCUGGGUCGAUCGAGGCGAGAGAGAAAGCCAGUCACUUACACCUUUGACGAUUUUGAUCGCUCUAUCAACGAUGCCAUCACACUACCUUCCAAAUCCCGUGAGCUUCCUCUUGAGCACGCCCCCACUCGCGAGGGCCUACGACAGCUGGCAGGGCGGCGCGUCUUGUCUGCUAGCGGUGAUGCGGUUGGUAGUGGUGUGGGGGCAGAUGGAGGAGGGGAAGGGGGUGUGGGAGGCGGGAGGGGAGGAGAGGAGGGGGGCGGAGAGAGAGAAAGGGCAGAAGAGAAAAGAGGAGCAGAAGAAGGGGAAAGAGAAGGAGGAAGAGAAGGGAAAGAAGAAGAGGGAGGAGGAAGAGGGGAAGAGGAAGAUGGAUUGAGUGUAGGGACGUCUGGGGAAGGUUCAUAUGGGGAAGGAGAAAUGGGAGAGAAGGGGGGCAAGGGUGCAGAUGGAAAGGGGUCUGGGGAACCAGAGGAAAGGUUGUGUAAGGAUGGGAAAGGAGGGAAGAGAAGAGGGCGGAUAAGUGGAGUGGACAGUGAUAGUAAGGAUGGUGAUAUUAGUGAUGGUGAUUGGAACGAAAGUGGUGAUAAUGCAGGGGAUGGGAGUGAUGGUGAUGAGAAUGAGGGGAUGCAGAAAAGAAGAAGGGAGGAAGGAGGGGGAAAGGGAGGGCGGCGGGGGGAGGGAGGGGAGGAGGGAGAGGAGGAGUACGAUGAAGGAGAGAAUGGGCGGGAGAGUGGGGGAGAAGAGGAAGAAGAGGAGGAUGAGGCUGGGAGGAGUAGGGUGAGAGGGGGGAGAGGAGAGGGUGGUUCAGGGACUAAAGAGGGAGCGGAGGAGAGGGAAAGGAGGGAGGUUAGGGAGAGGAGAGAGGGGAGAGCAGGGGCGGAAAGCAAAGAUGACAGGGAGCAGAGGAUAAGGAAGAGACGAUUGAAGGAGGGACGGGAAGAGGAGGAAUGGGCUUUGCACGAAUACUUUACAGGAUCAGGAGGGGUGGGAAGGAAGGAGGGGAGGGAAGGAGGGGUGGGAAAGAAGGAGGGGAGGGAAGGAGGGGUGGGAAGGAAGGAGGGGAGGGAAGGAGGGGUGGGAAAGAAGGAGGGGAGGGAAGGAGGGGUGGGAAGGAAGGAGGGGAGGGAAGGUGGGGUGGGAAGGAAGGAGGAGAGGGAAGGAGGGGUGGGAAGGAAGGAGGGGAGGGAAGGAGGGGUGGGAAGAAAACGACAAAAAGGAGGCUAUGGGGGUGAUUAUAAUGAUGAUGGAGUGUUGGGGAAGGGUGAGGAAGAGAGUAAGGAGGGCGAGGGAGAGGAGGCAGCUGAAGAGGAGGGGAAGGAGUUCGAGAGAGAUGAGGAGAGGGAAGGGAGAGGUACGGAGGAGGAGGUGAAGCAAGAUGAGGGGGAGGGACUGGGUGAUGCGACAGAAGGAGGGACGGAAGUGGGUGUGGAUCCGAGUGUGAGAGAGGGAGUGAGGGAGGGAGGGGAGGAACUGGGGAGGAGUAGGCUGGAUGGCAAAGGGCAGGAGGGGAGAAUGGAGAGCAGACGAAGAGAGAAGAGAAGCAAGACCAAAGCUGCUCCAACCUCUGUCCUGCCCGAAGCUGCUUCCGAUGCUGCCAUUCCCGAAGCUGCUGUGGCUGGCAUGGACUCACAGGAACGGGAGGGUAGGCUGGAUGGUAGGAGAUGGCUUAGGCGAAAGGCUAGUGGCUUGGUGGGUGGGAGUCAGACUGAAUCGGCACAAGAGGAGGGUGGUGGAGUGAGGGCAAGGACGAGGUGGGGAGGGAGGAGGCCUGAGGGUGUGUCGUUUAAAGAGGAGGAGAGUGGGGAGGAGGGGAGUGGGGAGGAGGGGAGGGGUGUGGAGGAAGGAGGGCGGAGUGGGGAAGAGGAGUGGAGUGCAGAGGAGGCAGAGGCGGAGGAGGAGGAAGGGGAGGAGGAGGGGAGCAGGAAGGGAGUGGGAGAGGUUAAAAGGGAUACCUGUGUAAGUCUGCGAAGGAAGGAGGGGAGAGGGGGGAGGGAGGGGAGGGAGAAGGAGAAGAAGGAGAAGAAAGGGGGGAAGGAUGUGAAGGCUGGAGGAGUGCAUGCAGCAAACGGGCGAGGAGGAGCGGAGAGGGACAAGGCAGGCAGAUGGAAGCCUGGGUUGGCCUCGGAUAUCCACCCCCUGCGGCUGCUCAGGCACCGUCCGAAGAAGAAGCGGAGCUAUGCUGAUAUAUUGGAGGGGGAAGGGGAGGAGGAGGGGCGGGAGGAAGGGGUUGGGGAAGGAGGUAUGGAGGAAGGGAACGGGCAGGGGAAUGGAGAGCCUGGGCAGGUGAAAGCAGAGGGAGGGCAGGUGAAAGAAGUGGCAGGGCAG